UAGUUUGUCUCCAGUAGGCCGCCGUAGCUCAGUUACGUCUUUUUACCUUAGCUUGCUGGCUUUUGAAAUCUAACAUUUAACAAGGGAGGCGGUUUGAGAAAACAGUGAAUUGAGAUGUUAGAAUAAUUUUCGAAGAAUUCUGCAGAAAUGGACUCUUUUAAUUCUUUCAAGCAGUGGAAGAAGCAGUGUUUGAGCAAGAUAGAUUUAAGCAAAAAAGGCACUAUUGACGAAAUUAUUGUUCACCUCGUUAGCUAUCUCAACGAGUCAGAAAACUUUUUCAGCACCAGUUCCUGCUCCGGAAGGAUCAUACUAAUAGACGGGGCGAGUGGCAGUACCGAAGUGCAGAAGCAGGGCUGUGCCUGGUUGUUUGUCACUCAUCAGAAAUGUGCGAAGGAAGACCUGAUUUCCAGCCUACAGAAAUCCCAGGGAGAUGCAGUUUUCAAGUUUGAGCCGUUUGUACUUCACGUGCAGUGUCAUCGGCUGGAAGAUGCGCAGCUACUGCACUCAGUGGCAAUAAACUCUGGAUUUAGGAACUCCGGGAUAACUGUUGGCAAGAAAGGAAAAAUAAUAAUGGCUGUACGUAGCACUCACUGUUUGGAAGUGCCUUUAACUCGUGAGGGUGAACUACUUGCUACCGAAGAGUACAUUGAUUUUUUGGUUGAAGUAGCUAAUCAGAAAAUGGAAGAAAACAAGAAAAGAAUAGACAGGUUCUUCAGCUGCUUACAGCAUGCAUUAACUACAGAUGAAAAUACUACAAAUGACAGAGCUGAAGAAAAUGGAUCUGUGUACACUCGAAGACGGAGAAAGGGCCAAAACAAGACCAAAUGUGUAAUUACCACUGGGGAAGAUGACAUGCAAAGCGACGAAGAUGACCUUCUAGAGACUGGGCUGACUUUUUUUUAAAUAGAAAUGUACAUUUUCAGGCUUAAUGUACAUCAGUUUAAGCUAAGACAUGUUGCAGCAUUUUAGUUUAUGAUUCAUUGGUGUUGAUAGUAAAACACAAGUGGCCUAAGAGUAGGCUUACCUUUACAUUUGUGUU